AUGUCUCCUUCCCAGGCUUCCCAGCAGCCCACCACCAUCCUACAGCAGCUCCAUGCUGCCAUGUCAUCUCCCACUCCCUCCAUCCGGCCAGGACACGUCAAGCAGGGUGCGUAUGGUAGGCAGGCUGUCAAGAUAACUUUUCAGACAGAGCCCACGUCUCUCCAUUUCUCUGAGAUGUCUUUCUGUCUCCAACACAUGCAUGCAAUAUUAUACAGUAUAUUUUCUCACCUCACUCGUUCUCUGUGUGUGUAUGUCUAUGUCUGUGAAACUGUGAAUGUCACUGCAGGUGCCAGUUGGACCAAAGGGCCAGAGCUCAACCAUCUAUAAUUGCAGUCUUGCUCUUUAUAGCGCUCCUUCUCCACCUCUAGCCUCAUCAUUGUCUGUCUGUUGGUUGCUGAGGCCAGGGCAGUGAUAGUUUGCUCUGACUGACUUUCUGCUCCUCUUACUUUCAACUCACUUAUAUUGAGGUUCAUAUCAGCAUUGGCAUUAUUUCUGAUAUAAUUCAAUGAGUAGGUAGGAUUCCUCUCAUUUUGACAGAGUUGUACAAUAUAGUGUCGUUUUGCUAAAUGUUUCAUCAGGUUGUCGCCAGAGUACCCUGACAAGCAGCCAAUGGGCAAAAUCUGUAUUUUCAUAUUGCUGGAAUGAUGUCAGACAGAAAUUGAGGAAGGGAGAGGAUAGAACAUUUAGGAUGGCAGAUUUGAUUUAUAACUCAUGAUUGGACACCAUGCGGGUUGAAAAGGGUUGAUUGUCACCUAAAAGAUAAAGGACAGCACAACAGACAUACAGAAGAAGUUAGCUUCCAUGGAGGUGUAAAUAUGUGUGUGUGUGUAUAUAUAUAUAUACAUAUAUAUAACGUUGCUUUCUGUUAUUCUCCAGACCUGGUGGAGCUGAUGAUGAUCCAGAAUGCCCAGAUGCAUCAAGUCAUCAUGAACAACAUGACCAUGUCAGCCCUCAGCUCAUUUGGCUAUUCCCAGCCCCAGCUCCACCCUCUGUCUACCCCUGAGGUACUGUCAUUUGGCUAUUCCCAGCCCCAGCCCCACCCUCUGUCUACCCCUGAGGUACUGUCAUUUGGCUAUUCCCAGCCCCAGCCCCACCCUCUGUCUACCCCUGAGGUACUGUCAUUUGGCCAUUCCCAGCCCCAGCCCCACCCUCUGUCUACCCCUGAGGUACUGUCAUUUGGCCAUUCCCAGCCCCAUGGAAGUGGCUGACUAGUGUUUUUCUCCACUCAUAUACAGGAGUAAUAAAUACUUUUGUGGGGGAACAUUUAAAAAAAUACACUGCUCAAAAAAAUAAAGGGAACACUUAAACAACACAAUGUAACUCCAAGUCAAUCACACUUCUGUGAAAUCAAACUGUCCACUUAGGAAGCAACACUGAUUGACAAUACAUUUCACAUGCUGUUGUGCAAAUGGAAUAGAAAACAGGUGGAAAUUAUAGGCAAUUAGCAAGACACCCCCAAUAAAGAAAUGGUUCUGCAGGUGGUGACCACAGACCACUUCUCAGUUCCUAUGCUUCCUGGCUGAUGUUUUGGUCACUUUUGAAUGCUGGUGGUGCUUUCACUCUAGUGGUAGCAUGAGACGGAGUCUACAACCCACACAAGUGGCUCAGGUAGUGCAGCUCAUCCAGGAUGGCACAUCAAUGCGAGCUGUGGCAAGAAGGUUUGCUGUGUCUGUCAGCGUAGUGUCCAGAGCAUGGAGGCGCUACCAGGAGACAGGCCAGUACAUCAGGAGACGUGGAGGAGGCCGUAGGAGGGCAACAACCCAGCAGCAGGACUGCUACCUCCGCCUUUGUGCAAGGAGGAGCACUGCCAGAGCCCUGCAAAAUGACCUCCAGCAGGCCACAAAUGUGCAUGUGUCUGCUCAAACGGUCAGAAACAGACUCCCUGAGGGUGGUAUGAGGGCCCGACGUCCACAGGUGGGGGUUGUGCUUACAGCCCAACACAGUGCAGGACGUUUGGCAUUUGCCAGAGAACACCAAGAUUGGCAAAUUCGCCACUGGCGCCCUGUGCUCUUCACAGAUGAAAGCAGGUUCACACUGAGCACGUGACAGAGUCUGGAGACGUCGUGGAGAACGUUCUGCUGCCUGCAACAUCCUCCAGCAUGACCGGUUUGGCGGUGGGUCAGUCAUGGUGUGGGGUGGCAUUUCUUUGGGGGGCCGCACAGCCCUCCAUGUGCUCGCCAGAGGUAGCCUGACUGCCAUUAGGUACCGAGAUGAGAUCCUCAGACCCCUUGUGAGACCAUAUGCUGGUGCGGUUGGCCCUGGGUUCCUCCUAAUGCAAGACAAUGCUAGACCUCAUGUGGCUGGAGUGUGUCAGCAGUUCCUGCAAGAGGAAGGCAUUGAUGCUAUGGACUGGCCCGCCCGUUCCCCAGACCUGAAUCCAAUUGAGCACAUCUGGGACAUCAUGUCUCGCUCCAUCCACCAACGCCACGUUGCACCACAGACUGUCCAGGAGUUGGCGGAUGCUUUAGUCCAGGUCUGGGAGGAGAUCCCUCAGGAGACCAUCCGCCACCUCAUCAGGAGCAUGCCCAGGUGUUGUAGGGAGGUCAUACAGGCACGUGGAGGCCACACACACUACUGAGCCUCAUUUUGACUUGUUUUAAGGACAUUACAUCAAAGUUGGAUCAGCCUGUAGUGUGGUUUUCCACUUUAAUUUUGAGGGUGACUCCAAAUCCAGACCUCCAUGGGUUGAUAAAUUUGAUUUCCAUUGAUAAUUUUUGUGUGAUUUUGUUGUCAGCACAUUCAACUAUGUAAAGAAAAAAGUAUUUAAUAAGAUGAUUUCAUUCAUUCUGAUCUAGGAUGUGUUAUUUUAGUGUUCCCUUUAUUUUUUUGAGCAGUGUAUAUAUUUUCUUUUAAAUUUUGAUUUAUCAGCAGCACCCUCAGCACCCCUACUUCCCCGGUUAUGCCUCCUCCUACCCCUGAGGUACAGUCAUUUGGCUAUUCCCAGUCCCAUCCUCCUCCUACCCCUGAGGUACAGUCAUUUGGCUAUUCCCAGUCCCAUCCUCCCUCUACCACUGAGGUACAUUUACUGUUAGUCACAUGUGCCAACUAUUCAUCCAGCCUGUCUGUGUGCAGCACACUCAUCUUACAUUAUUCAUCUGAAAACAUGUGUUUCAGUAGGUAGAGAUAUUCUCAAUCUGAUAUGACAUUCUGGAAAAGUCAACAGACCGAGGUCAGAGUGGCUCCUCACAUUGGCUAACGCACCUAAAAGUUAUUUUUGGAGUCUGUUUUGGGUCACACUGUUCCUAGUCAGUUUAGUGGUUGUGUUGAGGCUCCAUAAGCAGUUGGCCGUCCAACCCAUUGCAGUGGAGAGUGAGGAUGCACCCCAAAUGGCACCCUAUUCACUAUAUAGUGCACUACUGUGUCUGAAUGGGCUGUUUUUAUCCUCCCCUCCAGGCCAGCUGGUCCUCAGUGAUACUGCAGCAGCAGGAGGAGGAUCCAGAGGUGUACCACCACCACUACCAGCCUGCCCCGGCCUACCUGCCCUACCCAACCUGGGUGCCUCCACCCUAGCCUGGUCCACCACAACACCGCUGAACCCCUGGAGCUAGCACCCUCCCCACACAGAGACACCAUCAGGUGAUUCACAACACAACCCCAUUCAUAACACCUACUGUACCCACACUUAUAUAGACUGAUGUUGUGACACAAUGUGUGCCAGAGAUAACAAUGAUACGUAUGUGUGAUAUCAUCCAGGAGGGCAGUCCCACCUCCUCCCCCACCCAGCGCUACCAGGACUGUGGGGGCUGACGUCCCUCCAGCAACAGGUACACAACUGGAACGCUCUGCACAUCUCUGCUGUAUAUCUGUAUAACACAUGUCGCGGCACUAACGUUAACACAUGGGUGUCCAUAGCAGAACACCAGAUAAAACAUAGGGAGGGAGUUACCAUAGAAAUAGAAUGACUCAAUAAUCAGUGGUACUGUACAUACAGAACAUUGAUCUGGGGGAUGGGAAGUCUCAAAGCCCUUAUUGAUCAUGUACGGGGCUGUGUAACACUCUCCUAAUAUGUAGGAUCUAACCAUAGAUAUCUUAUUAAAUUACUACUACUACUGAUUCCCAAUUCUAUGGAUCCCACUAGCACCCUCUGUUAGAUGAUGUGAGAGUUCUGUGAUGCUGGUUGGUGGUGUUGGUGCUGACUACAAUAAGGAGGAUCACGAUGAUGCUGAUGAGGGUGCUGACAGUGAUGGUGAUUGCAAUACUGUGGGUUAUAAUGAGGCUGAUUAUACUAAACACUUGUGAAGAAUGUGUUCAUCAGAUGGUUUCCAAGUCUCUCUUUGUCUCUUGAAUGCGUAGAGUACUAUGAUGCUACGAAGUGA